CACGGUGAACUUAUAUCAACGAUCAAAGAUGAUGAAACAAAUCAUUUGUGUAUUGGCGCUUGUCGUCUGCAUUUCUGCACAAGACGAAUGCAGAGCCAACCUGACUUUACUAUGGAAUGACAUGAGUGAAAAUGGAACAAUAACAUGGGAGGACGUUCGGGAAGAUUUCCUCGACUUGGCAACACUGGUUUCACCAAAUGGAGAUUCUAUUCCACUUGCCGAUGGAGUCUGCACCACCGGAUUGGACGUUGCAACAUGCCUAACCGAAAGAGAUACCCAAGCUCUCUGCCAGUUGACCGCAAGCGCCGAUCCCGACUCAGAUUCGACUGUCAUCACAAUAAGUGAUAUAAGAGUCCUCUUCAAUAGAGCUGACACUACUGGUAAUGGUAUUGUCUACGAGGAAGGGUUCAGACAGGCAACGAAUGCAGUGUGCGUUCAACUGCCCGACCGAGGCCAGGAUGAUACCGACUGCUUAGAUACACCUUAAGUGUUUGCGAAUGAUGAUGCCUACGUUCACCAAAGUUCAACUUAAAAGGAUGUUUGUUAUUUAUCAAUUAAAGUACUGCCAAGUUUACAAUAAAAAACAAGAGUCUUUCUAAAA